UUGCGAAAGUGUGUGCCGCUGUAUGGUAUUUUACGCUAACAUCUCUUGGGCUGGGCAUGACAGACGACGUCUAAUAUUCACUCCUAUGUUAAUGUUUGUGUGUAUCGUUCUUUCCACUCAUAGCCUAAAAAGGAACCCAGAAUCACAGGAAUCAUUCCACUUGUUUAGAGGAAAGCAGCACUCUGAAACGUUUUAUCUUUCCAGAAUUACAGGAAUCAUUCCAUUUGUUUAAAGGAAAGCAGCACUCUGAAACGUUUUAUCUUUCCAGAAUCACAGGAAUCAUUCCACUUGUUUAGAGGAAAGCAGCACUCUGAAACGUUUUAUCUUUCCUCUUCUUCCAUAUGUCUUGAAAAGUCGACUUGAAAACGUUCCAGCCAAUUAAUAGGUCUUACGUCAGCUACAGGCGAACCCUUUAGCUCAACUUUUUCAAGACGUUUUGCAUUCCAACCGUCAACAUUUCUUUCGCAAGCUUCCGCCAAGGUUUUGCCUCCACGACCAAUUAUCUGCGGAGGCGGUUCUCAUCUGGGGAUCUUUCAGGAGAAGUACAGAAUGACGGAGAAACAAGUGAAGAUCAGAAAGCCAGGCGGCACACAACCCAACAGCCACGUGAUCCGGCGGAUUCGUCCACUAAUUUGAGAUCUAGUUCCAUUACUAGUGCUCCAACAUCUCCUGCCAAGUCAGUGACUUCCGUCUCGUCACGUGGCUCCUCGCAACCUGGCACAUGGCAUGGUCGAUCAAGUACAAUGAAGGAAAAGCAAAAGACUUUGUUAAUCAUAGACGACCACCACACAGACUGGUCCAAGUAUUUCCGAGGAAAACGUCUUCAAGGCGACUGGGAAAUCAGAUUAGAACAGGCUGAGCUGAAAGACAUCAACCUAACGGCCAAUUCAGAAUCAGGAACGAUUGUCAGCAUGAUUGUGGACAGAAACGGCACUAAGGUUGUUAGGUCUUUCAGUCCCGACUUUGUCCUCUUUCGCCAAAACAUCCGGGACUCCAACGUUGACUUUAGAAAGCUGCUGCUGGGCUUUAAAUAUGGAAGUAUUCCGAGUAUUAACACCGUUCAUAGCUUAUACAAUUUUCAGGACAAGCCUUGGGUGUUCUCCCAGUUGUUGCAUAUUCAGAAACGAUUGGGUAAGGAAAACUUUCCACUCAUUGAGCAGACGUUUUAUCCCAACCACCAAGAAAUGCACACCUCCUCCCCCACCCAAAGUGCGGAACAAAUUUUUGCAACGGAUCCUCGGGUUCACAGUCUGAGUACCUAAACAAUG